CACGUCUUCAAUCAUCAGAAACAGGUGCACCUGCCUCCAGACCGACUAUUCAGUCUUCAGUUUCACCCAGUACCAAAAAGCAGCGAUCUCUCAUGCGCUGCAGAUGAGUGCUUGGCGUCAGGUCAUUUCGUGGCGCGCGACAACCCCAAAGGUCUGCUCUUUGAGCCCCUGUUUUCUACGGCGCAUAGGAUCCAGCUUCCUCCAAUCACAUUACUCGACUAUGUCAGCACCGCCUGUUGAGUACGGAUACGUCGAUAGAGUAGAGCAUCUCAGCGACUACCGACCGGGUGGCUAUCAUCCAAUUCACAUCGACGAUCGGCUUGACAAACGAUAUCGAAUAGUGCACAAGCUCGGCCACGGCACAUUCUCCACUGCCUGGCUUGCCGUCGACGAGAAGACAUCAAAAUAUGUCGCCAUCAAAGUCGGCACCGCGGACUCGGAUUGCACUGAGGUUGAUAUUCUCUCCCAGCUCACACAGAGCGCUGCAAGCUACAUCGACUCGGAAGACAAGCUGUCGCUGAUUCCUGUCGUUCUUGAUCGCUUCGAUCUCAGCGGGCCCAAUGGCACUCAUCCGUGUCUCGUGACCCUUCCAGCACGAUGCAGCUUGCGGGAUGCAAGGGAGGCAUCAGGCAGCUCCUUAUUUCAGCUUGAUGUUGCCAGAUCUCUUGCUGCGCAACUAGUCAUGGCCGUAUCCCUCGUCCACUCACAGGGUUAUGCCCAUGGAGAUCUUCAUCUCGGCAAUCUUCUUUUACAACUGCCCUCAUCCCUCAACAACUUAUCGAUACAGCAACUGUAUGCACGGUACGGGGAGCCGGAGCAAGAGCCAGUAGUUCGUCUCGACACCCAGGCAGCAUCAAUGGACCCCGGGGUUCCUUCCUAUGCAGUGCCUUCAGUGUGGCUGGGCAUACAAAGCAAUGAGAUUACCCUAGGCGAGGCGAAGCUCAUACUGAGCGACUUUGGAGUUACCUUCCGCCCCGGCGACAAGUCUCGAUUCGAGUCAUACACACCCCUUGUACUCCGCCCACCCGAGGCAUUCUUUGAGCCAGCAACGCCCCUCACAUUUGCCUCUGACAUUUGGAGCCUGGGUUGUGUGAUUUUUGAGCUCCUCGCCCAUAGGUCGCUCAUCGACGGGUUCCUCGCACCACAGGACGAGAUCACGGCUCAGCAGGUAGAACUGCAGGGUCCCAUGCCACCUGAGUGGUGGGUAAAAUGGGAGAAGCGAUCGAAGUGGUACGAUGAAGCGGGCAAGCCCUUGAGCAAUGCGUCCGAUAUCUGGUCAUGGGAACGACGGUUCGAGCAGUGGGUACAAAACCCGCGACAGUCUAGGGAUAUGGAAACGAUUCGUGAGGACGAGCGGGAUGCGCUGUUCAAAUUCCUGGGGUGGAUGCUUGCAUGGAGGCCAAGCGAGCGACCAGAUGUAAAGAAGGUGCUGGAGACAGAUUGGAUGACGAGGUGGGCUUUGCCAGCAUACCAGAAAGGCUUGGAGGGGCAUUGACCUUCACCGAACUGACCGAGAGAGCUGAAGUGAGGCCAUAUAUUUCUACGCAAAACACAAGGCGAUCAGCACAGCUCAAUGUGCCACAGCGUUGUUCCAAGAAACUGUUGAUCGCCCGCUGCACCUUUUCAC